AACUAGCAAGUGCUUAGUGAAGUAAAAAGUUUAAAAAUGCAAGUGAUGGAUUUUAAAUAUACAAUAGGCACUUUGUAAUCGUGUUGUUUUAAUGCAAAAGGAAAAUCUGCUCUAUUUUUCUUUCAUGUAGAUUUUCUCUUUUUAGUGAAUGGCUAUAAUAAUAGAUAGUAGAGGUUUUCAAAAGCUGUUGAUUCAUUAGGGACUCUGACAAGAUGGUUUUUGAGCGUUUGCAAAGGGAAUUUGAAGCUGCCCGAGCUUCUCAAACUCAAGAAGUAUGGUUAGAUGGUGAGCAAUGGAAUGAUGGUUUAUUAGCUACAGUGAGGGAGCGGGUUCACAUGGAGGCUGAAAGAAAGGCAUCUCAAUUGUCAGGGGAUACAACUGCAUUGCCGGUACUUCCUUAUGAAAAGAUAACUUAUAGAGUUGGAAAUAAGACGAUUUGCUGUUUGGAAGGAGCCAGGAUUGGCAUUCAAUAUGAGACAUCAUUUGCAGGAGAACCUUGUGACCCCUACCAUUGUGUGCUUGAAAGCAAGUCAUUUCUUGAGAAAAUGACUCUUCUUGAACAUACAGUUCCAUUUUUCUUGCCAAUACGUGAAGCUGAAAAUGAUUUUCUCUCUUCAAAUGCAAUGAAAUUCAUAGACCACGUGGGAGAUUUAUUACAGGCUUUUGUUGAUAGACGGGAGCAGGAGGUUUCCUUGACAUGUGUAAUUUUAAUGUGCAUUCCUAAUUCCAGAACUGCCUGACUGCCUCGACUUAAAGUUGUCUUCUAGAUGCUGCAUACCCUCGUGUCCUAUUCUGUAUAGAUGAAAAAUGCUGAUGAAGAUUGAUAGUAGUGUAACCUGAGUUUGCACAUUUGAUAAUUAUUUGUGAUGGCAGCAGAUCAACAAACCAACUUGAGUGAAAGGUGAAAUGCAUAGUUUAAAGCAA